GUGGGGGCCGGCCGGCAGCGGGGGCGCCGGGGCCUUCCUGGAGGUGGCCGCUGCGGCGGGGACGGGCGGCGAUCGCGCGCGGCGGCCGGCGGCGGCCGAGCGAGACAGCGAGACAGCGAGCGCGUGAGGGGCGGCCCGCGCCCCGCGGCUCUGCCCGCCGCGGCCUCCGCCUCGCCUCGCCGCGCGGCCUGCGCGGCUUCCGCGGCGCAGCCAUGUCGGGGCUGCUGGGGAAGCUGUUCGGGACGGGCGCCGGCGGGAAGGGCGCCGGCAAGGGCCCGUCGCCGCAGGAGGCGAUCCAGCGGCUCCGCGACACCGAGGAGAUGCUCAGCAAGAAGCAGGAGUUCCUGGAGAAGAAGAUCGAGCAGGAGCUGGCGGCCGCCCGCAAGCACGGCACCAAGAACAAGCGCGCUGCUCUUCAGGCUCUAAAGCGCAAGAAGAGGUACGAGAAGCAGCUUGCACAAAUAGAUGGCACGUUAUCAACAAUUGAGUUUCAGAGAGAAGCCCUUGAAAAUGCCAACACUAACACUGAAGUGCUUAAGAAUAUGGGUUUUGCGGCAAAAGCCAUGAAAGCUGCUCAUGACAACAUGGAUAUUGAUAAAGUAGAUGAAUUAAUGCAGGACAUUGCAGAACAGCAAGAGCUGGCAGAUGAAAUUUCAACAGCCAUCUCAAAGCCUGUAGGAUUUGGGGAAGAAUUUGAUGAGGAUGAACUGAUGGCUGAACUAGAGGAACUAGAGCAAGAAGAAUUAGACAAAAACUUGCUGGAAAUAAGUGGUCCUGAGACAGUACCACUACCAAAUGUGCCCUCAAUAUCAAUACCAUCAAAGCCAGCAGGUAAGAAGAAAGAAGAGGAAGAGGAUGAUGACAUGAAAGAGCUGGAAGCUUGGGCAGGAACCAUGUAACUACAGCAGUAGCUGGCUGAAAAAGAGACUUUGGUUGCCUAUUCUUGGUACAAAUGUGUUGUUUUGAGGAGAAAGUAAAAGCAAAAUGUCUUUAUCUUUAAUUUUAACCCAAAGCAGUGGGAGUUGCAUUGCUGUUUCUGCAUAACAUGGGCUGCACAAAGAAAACGAAGGGGAGCAGGGCAAAUUGCCUGCAGUUUAAGCAGUUGAAUUUCUGUAAAAAGGUAUUCGUAAAAUUGAACAUUCAGCUUUUGGACUAUGCUAAUGCCACUGUUGGAUCUUCAUCUUCUAAAAUUUGGGCCAUAUUGAAUUGAAAUAAACUGAAAAAGUCUGUAAUUUUAAGUCAGGUGAAGUGUGUCUAAAAGUCUCGUAAAGCAUAAAAAAAAAAAGAAAAAUCAUAAGCCAUUGUUUUUUAAUGUGUUUAGAUGCUUUAGGUUUUUAGUUCUUUGCAAUUUAUAUUUAUAUCCCUUGACUGAUGUGUGGCCAGCCUUGUGUUUGUCACUGCAACAAUGUAGUCACUAUUCCCAUUUUAAUUGGUGAUAAUGAUUUGCAAUGGACAAAUGCUGUUUUGGAAGUAGGGAAGAUUUAAAUUUCAGCUGUACAUUUUUCUACAUAGCACUACAAUGUUUAUUGCUGUUUGUGAUAAUUGAUAACCCACUCAGAUACAUGCACACAAUUAUUUUAAUUAAGAAACUACUAUGGAUUGCACUGUAUUAAAUAUCUUGAUUAAUUUUCA